AUGCGGUGGGCCUUUGGCCUCGCAUGCCUCACCCUAUCGCUGGUGCUGAAAGGCUGCCGUGUGACAGAGAACAUCGAGGCUACCAUCAACGGCCCCAAGCGCCUGGGCUCCUUCCUGGCGAUCGGGGACUGGGGCUGGGACAGCGAGUCCCACGGCAACUUGGGCAGCAAGCACUGCCAGCAGCUGGUGGCGGAUGCCAUGCACCGGGAGCUGCAGAACCUGGGGGACGUGCGCUUCGUCAUCAACGUGGGGGACUCUUUCUACCCCGACGGGGUGCGCAACAAGAGCGACCCGCAGUGGGAGGAGAAGUGGCGUCAGAUCUAUUCGCCCGAGGUACGGGGCGUGCCUUGGUACAGCGUCUAUGGCAACCACGACUACCACGCGGACCCCUGCGCCUGCAGCGACGAUUUGGAGCACUGCGCGCAGAUCAACGGCGACAUCACGGAUCUAAACUUCUUCUUCAUGCCUGACUUCUCCUGGUUCAAGGAGCAUUCAGACUUGGACACUGAGGUCAUCGCCCUGGACACGAAUUACUACAACUGGCUGAACCUGACCUGCCCACAUACCGACUGCCCGGACUUGUGCAGGGCGAACCUGCGGCGCCGCGGGGAGGCGGCCCUGGAGCUGUUUUUCCGGCGAGUGGAGAGGAGCCAGGCCUCCAACCUGGUGGUGCCUCGAUUGCACUCGGAAACACAGCGAGAGCGGGCGAGCGAGAAGCCACAAGGGUCCUGCCGCUUGCGGCAGUUGUGA